UACUCUGAAUUAACCAAAUUGAGGAGAUCGAUGGAGCCCAUUUGUUAACCAAUUUGUGAGAAGAAAUAUCUUAUCUCAAUUCUUUUUCUUAUCGUAAUUUAUUUCUUCUCCAAACUUUAUCUCUUUAUUCCAUCUAUUAUAUGUGGUCUACAAUCAAUUCUUUUUUCCAGUAAAAAUAUAUUCUUUUUCAAAACUCUAUAUGCUACCACUUAUAAUUUGAUUUUUUUCCAUUCAUCUCCAAACACCGUGAAAACAUCAAGUUCUAUUAACUUUUAUUCAAAUCAGUAUUAAUCUUCAUCAUCUCAUCCCAUUACCAAAAAUGGCUGCAUAACCAAUCCAAGACAACCACAACGCUGAGCUCUUUAAUCCAUGGCGUAUAGAGAAAAUCCCAUUUAAUGUGAUAGUAUUGAUACAAGAGGCGACAGUUCGUGAUCUAAGAAAUUAUAUUGCCAACCAAAACUAUUGAUUCUACGAUGAGGGCUUCACCGGACAAGACAAAAACAUGGAUAUUCUAAAACUCCCCCGGAGGAAAUAUACAUUAGGGAAAGAGCCCAACCCAAUUAAGAGCAUUUCGUAUCACACGGAUUGUACGACAUUGCAUCAUGCUUUAGAGGAUGCUCUUGAUCAUCGAGAAUAUGAAGCGCUGAAGGAGUCGAAGUUGGGAGUUUUCAUCAAGUUCCAAGAGCUGGGAUUUGGUUAGGCUUCAAGGUUGGUUCACUUCAUGCUCGGUUUCCAGCUCGACAUAAAGAAGAAGUAUGAGCUGUGGUGACUUGUUGGUCCAGAACCGCUGAGGUUUUCACUGAUAGAGUUUGAAAAGCUCACUGGUCAAAACUGUGAGUACAUCGAAGACCUUGAGAGUCCGUACUGUCCUGUUACGUCGGAGAUGUCUGCUUUCUGGGCGAAGUCGGGAGUUAAUAUCAAUGCUGGGCCAUCUACUGACCAGAUAAUAGCAGCACUCAAGAGAUGCAAAGAGUGGUCUCGGGAUGAUUGCAAGCGUCUCGCGUACCUUGCCAUCUUCGCUGGAUACAUUGAAGGGAAAAAGGUCACAACCUCUACACGGGCUAGUCUGGCGAGGCUAGUGAUGGAUUUAGAACGGUUUGAGAAUUAUCCAUGGGGGAGAGUCACUUUUAAGGUGCUGAUUGAGUCUCUGAAGGCCAAAAAUAUCACGGGUUGUUACACGAUUGAUGGGUUUGUAAAAGCUUUCCAGUCCUCGGUGUACACAGCUCUGCCGGAACUUGGUGCUGGUUAUGGUAAUCCCGUAGGAGGCGAACCGGCUGUACCGUUACUGGCUUACUCGGGUGGCAAAGGACGCAGAUGGUUUCAACAGGCUAUCUGCAGUCAGACUAGAGUGGAAAACUUUGUUGAGAAGGAGGAGAUCGGUGAACUGUUUCCACAAUGGGACUCUGAUGUUGAGGACCCGGACGCGGAGAACAUAAUUAAAGUCAUGUAUAAGAGACCGUGGAAGUGGACCAUGGAUUACUGGAAAGUCACCGGUACUUGUGAUACGAGUCCAACGAAGGAAGAUGAAGAACGUCCAAGACAUCGGAAGAAAGCUGAAGAACGUCCAAGACGUCGGAAGAAAGCUGAAGAACGUCCAACUCCAAGACCUCGGAAGAAAGCUCGUUUAGAGGCAACUGCAGAGGCAACUGCAGAGGCAACUGCAGAGGCUAGUGAAGAGGCUAGUGAAGAGGCUAGUGAAGAGGGUCGUGAAGAGGGUCGUGAAGAGGCUCGUGAACGUGAAGAGGGUCGUGAAGAGGCUCGUGAAGAGGUUCCUCAUCAGGGUCGUUCCGAUGUUCGUACAGAGGUGAUUGGGAUGACCAAAGAGGAAUUGGACAGAAACUUCAAGGACCUAGCUGAUGCCUUGAGGCAAGGGUUUGGGACGUGCCUUGCGGAGAUCAAGCAUCUGUCGGAUAAGAAUGGUGUUGUGGAAAAGAAGCUUGGUAUCACACCUGCUCCGCCUAAACAGACGCAAGAACCAGGGGUUAGUACUAAAUCCUUUCCCAAAACCUAUCAGAAGACUUCGCAGACGACUUAA